CAACAUGCUACUAAAUACGGUAUUUCGACUUGAUCGCAGCCCUGAAAUUGAUAGCGACAUGCAGAAAUGGAAGAUUCCCUCAUCAUUGUCCCACUAAACAGGGUACCUUUGAGCUGACAAAUGCGGUGUGAACGCCGGGAAGGCAAGUGUAUUUCUCCUACAAACAAUUGGUCACUCCGAAUCCCUUACAGAUAGAAAUCUCGAUGUCUAUAUCUAGGGUCUAAGGUUGCAUCGCAUCGCAUCGAGCUAGCCUCCGCGGCCGGCGCUCUUGGAACUCCACAGUGGAAAUACUUGUCCGUCGGGCAGAAUGCCGAGACUUUAGUCUCCCCCAGAUCCACGCGCGAUCAAUCGUUCGUUCGCCAUCUUCUCAUAGAUAGUAGUAUACCGACAUAUAAUCAAAGAGAUGUCGGUGACAGCCGAUAUUGAGAAGGCAUUUCCCGCCCGCAACGUUGACGAUCAAGAAACCCUGGGUCACCAUGACCCCAACUACACUUUCAGCAACAAGUCGUCACAACCACCACCACCCAGACAUGAAGAAGAUGAGGAAGAAGAAAUCACAAGAAUACCAACACACAGCUCUCAAGCCUCACGACCCAAAAAGUCAGUAUUGGGACUAGCGAAAACAAUCACCGCGCGAUCAUGUGCCUCCGUCAUCGACCCUGGACCACCACCAGACGGCGGCGCCAAAGCCUGGACACAAGCCUUCAUGGGCCACUUCGUCGUAUUCAACACAUGGGGCAUGAUCGCAACAUUCGGCGUAUUCCAGCAACACUACACGCUUGAUCUAGGUCUUGAGCCAUCCGCCGUGUCGUGGGUGGGCAGCAUGCAGAUGCUAGGCCACUUCUCCCUAGGCAUACUCACCGGCCGCCUUUUCGACGCAGGGUAUUUCUACUGGACCAUGAUCCCCGGUAUGCUGAUUUCAGCUGUGGGCAUGUUCAUGACGAGUUUGUGCACGCAGUACUGGCACUUUUUCCUCGCGCAGGGCGUGAUGAACGGCUUGGGAAACGGCAUGCAGUUUGCGCCUGCGCUGUCGCUUGUUACGACGUAUUUCUCGACAAAUCGGAGCGUGGCACUGGCUAUAAUGGCUUCGGGAUCGGCUACCGGUGGCCUCGUGUAUCCUACUAUCGCGAGACAGUUACUCCCUAGGAUCGGCUUUCCGUGGACUGUAAGAGCCAUGGGCUUCAUCAUGUUAGCCGUUGGAGCACUGUACUGCUCACUGCUCAAACCGCGCCUUCCCCCGCGGAAAUCAGGCCCUAUGUUUGAGUUCAGCGCGUUCAGGGAGUUACCUUACGCUCUAUUCUGCAUCGCCAUCUUCCUCAUCUGCUUGGGACAGUAUUUUGCUUUCUACUACAUAUCGUCCUUUGCCGUUGACAUCUUGCACCUGCCCUACGGCACAUCCAUCAACGUUCUUCUCGUACUCAACGGCAUCGGUGUUUUGGGUCGUCUAGUUCCAUCGUAUUUCGCGGACAAAUUCACGGGUCCGUAUAAUAUUCUCAUUCCCUUUUGUUUCAUCUCCGCUAUCGCGUUGUUCUUUUGGCCUUUCGUCAAGGGCGAAGCGGGUCUCUUCGGAUGGUGCAUUACUUUCGGCUUCUUUGUCGCUGGCUUUCAGGGCAUUUUCCCUUCUGCAUUGACUACUCUAACCAAGGACAUGAGCAAAGUGGGGACGAGGAAUGGGCAAGGGUUCGCGGUCGUGGGAUUGGGAACCUUUAUUGGGCCGCCGAUCGCGGGUGCACUGAUACAGAACUAUGGUGGUGGAUAUCUAGUUGCGCAGAUGUUUGCGGGCACUGCAGUGUUUUUGGGAAGUGUGAUACUGGUCAUUGGACGGUGUAGUAUAACGGGGUGGAAGUUCAAAGUACGAGCCUGAGAGACAGAGAUGGAUGAGGCAAGCGCGUUCUCCAAUCAAUGAGAUAUAUGCGUACUUUUUGACAGAUUCCUUUCAAGGCAACACGUUUCAUACCCAGCGUCGCUCACCCUUUGAGUGGCACAUACGUCCCAUUCAAGCCGCACCCCGGGUGUCCCUCACAUGUCGAAAUAGUAUGAACAUACCUAAUCUUCCCCUUCUCAACGCGAAACGUAUGGCUAUCAGGCGCAGGGAGCUUGCUUGCUCUAUCAAGCCCAGGAAAGCCAACGUAAAUAUUAACAGUCCCCAUCUCAACAUCCACAACA